AUGUCACGCCGCCAUUUCGAUACGUCGCGUCGCCAUUCCACCAUUGCUCGCCGCCAUUUCGCCACGUCACGCAGCAGUAGGAUUCGUGCAGGCAACGACCCAUCUCCUGCUCCCACUUCUCCCACUGCUGCUGCUCACUUGCUUCUGCCAGCUGCACGCUGGUGGUGGCGUGGCAAAUACAGGCAGCAGACUGUGAGUGUGCCCGGGCGGGCGGGCGGGCAUAAAGCGGCGAAGCGCUCUAGCCGCUGCGCAUGUCCUGCAACGAUCAAUCGCUCUCCUCCUGAACGCACAGCUCACCUCAACUUCCUCGUUCCAACUCUCCUUGCCCCCUCUUUGCCUCUCCAUGCCCCCCUUCCUAUGCUACUACCCUGUUAUCACCCCGCCUUCCCUCCUUUCCCUCCCUUUCCUCCUUCCACUCCCUCUUCUCAUCCCCUCUCCCAACAACCCUCACUCAUCUGUCGCACAACCCUCUUCCGGUCCCUGCGUGCCCCCAUGCCCCUCCCCGCGUUGCUUCCCUCCCCCCACACUCCACCGUGCCCGCUGACCUCCGUGAGCCCGCGGCUGCACCCCCUGCGUCCAACCCUCUCCUGCCUUCGCUGGCAGUCAAGCUGUUUUGCACGUGCUGGCAGCGUGGGGGCAGCUUGGGGGCGGCUGGCAGGCGUGGUCGGCCAGCAGCGACUGCUCCACCGUGCAGGGCGUCGCAUGCGACGCUCGCAGGCAACGUCGUCUCCCUGGUACGUGAGGCAUGUGAGUGCUGCUCCAGCGCAUGUGAGUGCUGCUCCAGCGCAUGCGAGUGCUGCUCCAGCGCAUGUGGGUGCCUUCAGAGUACUCUCGGCCCGCUUGCCAGGGGCGUGCCAGCAACGUGUGCAGGUACUGGCUAUGCCCCAGGGAUGGGACGCACCAUCAACGUCCCAGGCAUCCCUCUCCUCACCUCAGUACAUUGCCCCAUCUGUAGUCCUUCCACGUCUCCCCUCCCUCUCCCUCUCCUAA